ACUUGUUCAUCCUUUUCUUCUUUAAACUUUGAUUUGUUUUUGAAACUCUCUUUUUCAUGUCUUUUUCUCUUCGUAGCAUUGUCAAUGCUGCUGCCUGGUAGUACUUUUUGUACAUCUAACCUUAUUCUCUUUCCCCAUUUCUCCUUGAUCCUUCUUUGGUUGUGAUACCAAAAACUCAAUCCCUACCUUUCAGUUCUCUUCUCUAAGCUCUUAUUCUCUCCCUUCAACUUCUUUCAGUGGUUGCUGGUAGAGAUAUAAAUCUUCUAUUAGUCAGGUAAUUUACAUUUAGAAAUGGAUGAAUCUGAGGGGUGUUUCCUAAAGGAGUUUUUUGAGUUUGAUAAUUUAGAAGUUGAGACCAUGCCUAAGCCUUCUAAGAAGAGAAAAGGGGUUGCUACCUCUCCCAAGGCUGCUCAAAAGGAAGCAACAACAGCAAGUGUAGUAGCUCUAGAACAAACACCAACUGAUGCUACUCAUUCUGAUGAAGAAGGCUUGCAACUAGAAAAGAGGAAACCAACUAGAGCUCCUUCUUGGGUAUGGGAACAUUUAACUAAGAAGGAAAUUAAAGCUACCCUUAAGUUUCAAAAGGCUUUUGAGAGGCUUCAUGAUACUAAUGGGUUGUAUUUGAUGGAAUUUUCCUUUGGAGAGAAUGUGAGUGAAAGAAAGAAAGGGUCUACUCAUGUCACAUCUCACAUGUAUUUUCAUGACUUCUCCACAAUUCUUACCUUGUUGAACAAGUGGAUUGGAAGUAAUGAUCCAUUAUUUUCUACAAUAGCUGAAAAAAUGAAGGAAAAGCAUGAGAAGUAUUGGGGAGCAGCAUCUAACAUGAAUGUUUUAAUUUUUAUUGCAUGUGUGCUAGACCCAAGAUAUAAGCUGAGUUUUGUUGAAUUUGGUUUUGGGAAACUCUAUGAUAGGAUUAUUGUAGAGACCUUAAGUUACAAAGUGAAAAGUACUCUAAAAAAGAUGUUUGAAGAGUAUUGCACACUCAGUGGGUUUAUGGAUGAAGAUAAUAGCAAUUCCCAUAGGCCAAGUUCACAGGGAAAGGAUGAUGAGGCUAUCAAUGAUGAUUUUUCAAUGUUUGCAGAUCUUUAUGAAGAGAAAAUGAGCAUGGAAAAUGAAGAAGAUGGUAAAAAUGAAGUUGAUUUGUACUUGGCAGAGGAUAAAGAAAAGAAAAGUGACAAAUUCCACAUCUUGAAUUGGUGGAAAGUUAACUCCUCGAGAUAUCUAAUCCUAUCCUUGAUAGCAAGGGAUGUAUUUGUUGUCCCAAUGUCUACAGUGGCUUCAGAGUCUGCUUUUAGCAUAGGAGGCUGUGUAUUGGAUCCAUAUAGAAGCUCUUUAAGUCCUAAAACAAUGGAGAUACUUAUUCGCACUCAAAACUGGUUUCGAUCUACACCAUUGCUAGAGAAAAUGGAAACACAAGAAGUUGCAGAUGAAAUUGAGCAAGAAAUUGCAACGCUUUCAAAUGGUUUUGUGGAUUUGGAGCUAUGAUCUGUUGUAAUUCAGUACUCUUUUUAGAGUUGAUUAGGUAAGGCCUUGUUUUCUUUGUGCUAUGGAUUUGGAGCUAUGAUCUGUUGUAAUGCAGAUGGAAUUGCUUUAUAACAUUAUCAAUGACUCUAGUGAUAUAGUUGACGAGUUGAAUUCAUAUAGACAUUGAUGUGAAAUUUUUGUUUUGAUAUUAUUGAUAUUUGGAUGAAUUUUAUGAGAUUUUACAUGGUUUUCAUUCUUGGUGUAAAAAAAAAAAACUUGAAUGCAUAAUAAUAGGAGGACAGAUAU